AUGCGUGGACACUACGGCGCAGCCAUCAUGCACAUCACCAGUGGACUAAAAAUCCUCAGCGAGCUCCGAAGCAAGUCCCCCAACAGCAGUCUUUCCAAUCCUUCUAUUAUCGGACGAACGUCAUACGUCCCUAUAGACGUAUUAUGUGGACUUUUCUCUCGACUCCAGGCACAAGCCACAGUGACAACCUACCAAACCGGCGGAACGCUCUUCAACAUCUGGCCAGAACUAGUCAUCGAUCCAACCAAACCCGUCAUAUUCAACUCCUUAUCCGACGCACGCGAAAUGCUCGAGAUCUACACCUUCUACUACAAACAACGAAGUCUAGAGCUACAUAGUCAAUCCUUGCAAGGCGAAGUCAUGGAUACGACAAUCCAACAAUCCGUCACAGUCACAAGUCUCGAAGCUAUCGCUCUCCGUGAUUUCGCUCUGACACUUCUUGAAAAUUGGUCCGCGGGCCUAGAAAAGUUUUUACAUGAAAACGAGUCUACAUUUACGGAUCGUGAUCGUCGCGGUGCAGCAGUGCUCCAAUUACGGAAAAUCGACUCUAUCAUCGCGCUGGAUAUUAUCCGUUUAGCGGAAGAAACCACUCCUGAUGAUCAUAUGGAAUGGGAUAAGUAUUGUCCUCAUUUUGAGCAGGUCGUUUCUCUUGGAGAGUCGAUUAUCGCUUCUCCUUCCUCGCCUCCGAGUUUUUCUCCUUCUCCUUUUUCUUACUCAUCUUCACAUCCUUCCCCUUUUACAACGACGUUCUCUCUGGAUCUUGGUAUUGUCGGCUCGUUAUUUAAUGUUGCUGCCCGUUGCCGUGAUCCAGGUAUUCGACGACGUGCUGUGUACAUUCUCCGUACUGCAGCCGUGCAAGAGGGGAUAUGGAACAGUGCUGUUGUUGGCGCGGUAGCGGAAAAAUGGAUUGAGAUCGAAGAGGAGGGGCUGGGUGUGGUGAACUCUUAUGCGGAUGUUCCUGCUUCGGCGCGGUUGGCGUAUUUCUUACCUGUUUUUGAUAUUGAUCGUCGGUCUGCGGUGGUUUAUUUUAGUCGUGUUUCUGGGGUUUCAGGGGUUCAAGUUGAUUCGGAGAGUGUAAGGACGGAGACUUUUCAGUGGUGA